GCCUACCCCUGCGCGGCCGCGCAGCGCCGCGACCCCCGCCCAGAGGAGCCGCCUCCCCUCGACCCGCCGCCGCCAUGUCGGGCCCGCCCGGCCGCGCCGCGCUGCCGCCGCUGCUGCUGCUGCUGGGGCUGCCCGGGCUCCUGCCGGCGCGGCCGCUGGGCGGCGACGGGCGGCCCCGCUACGAGCCCACCUGGAGCUCGCUGGACGCCCGGCCGCUGCCCGCCUGGUUUGACGAGGCGAAGUUUGGCGUCUUCAUUCACUGGGGCGUGUUCUCGGUGCCCAGCUUCGGCAGCGAGUGGUUCUGGUGGUACUGGCAGAAGGAAAAGAGAGUGCCCUAUGUGAAAUUCAUGGAGGCAAAUUACCCACCUGGGUUCAGUUAUGAAGAUUUUGGGCCACUGUUUACAGCAGAAUUCUUUGAUCCCAACCAGUGGGCAGAUAUUCUGAAGGCUUCAGGUGCAAAAUAUGUUGUCUUAACUUCAAAACAUCAUGAAGGCUUUACUUUGUGGGGGUCCAGAUAUUCUUGGAACUGGAAUGCUGUUGAUGUGGGACCGAAACGAGAUCUUGUGGCUGAACUAGCAAUGUCUGUUAGAAACAAGACUGACUUGCAUUUUGGGUUAUAUCAUUCCCUGUUCGAAUGGUUUAAUCCUCUUUUCCUUGAGGAUGCCACCAAUGUCUUUAAGACAAGAAAGUUUCCAACCAGUAAAUCCUUACCAGAACUCUAUGAAAUUGUGACCAAGUACCAACCAGAAAUAAUUUGGUCUGAUGGGAAUGGAAAUGCACCAGAUACUUACUGGAACAGCACUGGUUUCUUGGCUUGGCUGUAUAAUGACAGUCCAGUCCGGGACACAGUUGUGACCAAUGACCGCUGGGGAGUUGGCAGCAUCUGUACACAUGGUGGAUUCUACACUUGUAGUGACCGGUAUAACCCCGGCCACCUCCUGCCUCACAAGUGGGAGAACUGUAUGACUAUUGACAAGAGGUCAUGGGGGUACAGGAGGAACGCACAGCUUGAUGAUUACCUCACAAUCGAGGACUUGGUGAAGCAACUUGUAGAAACAGUGUCUUGUGGAGGAAAUCUCCUGAUGAAUAUUGGGCCCACUCACGAUGGUCGCAUCGCUGUUAUAUUUGAGGAACGCCUGAGGCAGAUGGGUGCCUGGCUGAAAGUCAAUGGAGAAGCCAUCUAUGGAACGAAACCAUGGAGAGCACAGAACGACACGGUCACACCAGAAGUGUGGUACACUUUCAGUCCUAAAGGCGGCCAAGUCAAUGCUAUCUUCCUUAACUGGCCAGUCUCUGGGACUCUGGAACUUGGUGAGCCACAGGCUAAGCUUGGAGAAACACAGGUGAAGCUGGUUGGCUACAAGGAACUGCUGAAAUGGGUUGCCCUAGGAGAAAAGGGAAUUGUUAUAGCUCUACCUCAAUUAACUCCUAAGCAAUUGCCAUGUCAGUGGGGCUGGACUUUACAGCUGAUUGACAUAAACUGAGCCAUACACUGCUGGAGCCUUGGGUAGUAGGUAAUGCUGCUCUUUUGCCAGUUUCUCAUCAUUGGUUUCUAACUGGUAGUUGCUUGACUGAGAAACAUCAAUAAUUUCACUUUUUUUAUGAAAGGUGGGCUGUAAUUAAAGGAUGGAAUGAACCUCACAUGAAAUCUAGCACUAGAUAGUUGAAUCUAUGCAUACAAUUUGUUUCUUUGAACUUGUGUGAAAAACUGAGCAUCUACCUUGAGCUCUCUACUUUUAUUUUUUAGUCAGUUUCUUGCCAAGUUUUGUGAAGAAGCGGGGGUGGGGACAGGGGAAAUGGGCACUAGAUUUUUAAAGCCAUGAGAAAGAACAAAGCUAGCUCAAGCCAGUGUUCAAAUGCAUGUAAGUCAGUCAGUUGUAUGUCUUAAUGGAAGAAACCUAACUUCCACAAAACUGUACAGUAAAAACUGAGUUUUAGAAAAAAGAAUAAACUUUUUCCAGUUGUGUGCAACAACUGGCAGCUGAUAGUUUCAGCUGAGUAGGGUACUGGAUCUAGAAGGGUGAGGAAUAUUUCACAAAUGUAUGGAGGAAAUGCAUAUAUGUACAUCUUCAUUUCUCAUCAUGAAAAUCAUUAAUUUUACAUGUUCCUACUCUUGAGUAGUCCUAUUACUGGGAUGCAAGUAAAGUGGGAAAGGUUUUUUUUUUUGCUGUUUUGUAUAAUUCUACAUGCUUAAAGCUGAUUCUUGUUUACAGCCAUUUUUACACAGUUACUAGGUUGCCUUCUGUGAACUAUUAAACAAAACAUAGACUUCAGUUAAAAAAAAAAGUUAGUAAAAAAGAGAAAUAACCAGGAGUUGCUAGGGUUCCUCAGCUUUGGCAGAGACACAUUUUAAGCAGAGGGUAGAUUGCACCUAACUUGAAAAAUUCCCAAACUCAUCAUGUGUUAGGAUUUGUAGGGACAGAUCUGCACUGUGGAGUUUGCAAAGAGGGGGAGGUAUAGGACAACAAAAAGCAUGAAGUGUUUCAGUGUAGAGAGCAAGGGUUUAUUUUUCCUGAGUAAUGUUAAUAAGUGCAAAACUAUUACUGUACAAGUUUAAAUUUAUUCUUUCAACUAUGUCAAGAUUUUAAGUAAUGGGCCAAAUGAAGUUAUUCUUGUCUUUCCUGCUAGUAAUGUUAAUACACACACAAAUUUUACAUUAAAAUAUUUUAUUACAAUACAGACCAUUGGGCUCAAAAUUAAUACAAAUUAAGAUAAAAUAUUUACAAGUUAAUGUGUACAGUGUAGCUGUUUGAACAGCAUAAACAAGAGAACUUCUAAAAAUCCACAUUCCUUUAGUAUUAAGUAACAGAGAGCACCCCCCCCAGCUUGUUCAAGAGGAACGUGCAUCAGUUGGCAAAGGCUUUCUGAAGAAUGAGAAACUCUUUGGAAUAAUGUUUGUAAAGUUAAGGAAAAAAAGUUUUCCUUUAUAAAAAGAAAAAUUUGGGAGAAGAAGAACAAAGCCUUGCUCCAUUCUGCUACUCUCUGCUAUUCUUAGAUCACUAUCAUUAGUUUUUUCCAAAGCUUACACAGCCCAAGCAAACAAAUGAUUUUUUUAGUAACUUGUAAUACUGCCACCAGAUGCCGUUCAGAUGCAAUAAAAAUAAUCAAAUUAAUUAUGGAAGAGUUUAACCACUUUAAUAGAAAAGUCUUUACAUACAAUGAUUCUUUCAACAAGAAUAUUUUUAAUGGGUGUUUGAAACAGAAUUCUAUUAGAACAAAUAUGGGCUCACUCCCACUUUUUUCAGGAUGUUCUUUCUGCUGGUCUACCACUCCUACACCAUUAUAAAAUUAACCCAAGUCUCAUCAGUAGUCACACGGGAUUUGUUAUAAAUACAGGAUCUAUUCCUAUAAAUGUGCAGUUCAUUUCUCUAGUUGCUGAGGGGUACUAAAAGCUUCAUAAACAUUAGCAGCAAAAUCUUUCACUUGUUCCAUCAUCAACAGGUCCUGGAAGAAAUUUAAAGAAUAAAUAUGCUUAAUCAAACACAUCCACCACUAUUCUGGUUUUGCUGCAGUAUGUAAUUAAUCAUGAGAAAAGCACCUGGCACUCCCACAGAGAUGUAACUCAAAUUUCUUGCUUUAGAAAGGUUUAGGAGCAGAAUUGCAAGCAGAACCAAGUUAAGAGAUAUUUUGUGCUUCUGCACAGUUUAGCAGAGGGAAGAGUUUCUAGAAAAAGAGCAUAUUUUUGGAAGAUACAAAUGUAGAAAAAGUUUAAGUUAUGCCAAUUGUUUCUACUUUUUUUUUUUUAAAAGCCACCGAAAUUAAACAGAAUGAAGUAUGUUAUUAAAAAGAAGUAUACACAACAUUCAUUUCAAAAUUUUACUUGGGAUAUUUUAAAUAAGCAAGAUUCUUACCUGAACAAAGUGACUGGGUGUUUCACUGCAUACUGAAUGGAUCUGUCCAUUUAUUAUUGGAAUUAUCUUGGCUAAAGGAAGACUGACACUGGAAAGACUAGAAAAGAACAAAAAUAUUGACCUGGACCUGCUCUGACAUUAGUAAAGCCACUAAACUGUGAGUAUUACAGUUCUGAAAAUUACUACUUCAGAAGUAAGAGUUGAAAGACUGCAAACUAAAAUGUACAGAUGAAGUUGGUUCCCCCCCCCACCCCCGUCAAGCUUUUCAUUUAAUAUAGAGAAGUACCAAAGCAAAUUUCAGUUGGUGUUCCUAUUAUACACAGUUUCACACUUGCUUCUCAUGCAAGAGAAAUAUGGUUUAGGCAGAGUCUUUACAUGCGUGUGUGUAUGUAAACAGUUGUUAGCAGUAUUUCAAACUCUAAACCUGGCUUAGGACAGACAGCCAAACUACAGCCUUUGGGACAUUUUAAGUAUGUAAAUAGUGUAUAUUUAAAUAAAAACAUUACUCUGAGUGCCAUCAGUUAUUAAAAUGAAUAAUAACUGGGUUUAUGGAUGUUUGAGGUUUUAAUCUAGUAUUUUAGAAAUCACAUUUCAAGGAUUUGAACACAGCUUUUAGAUUUGUAACACUCUCACUGCACUGUUUAAAACCAAAGUUAACUUCAGAAUAAAAUCUAUUUUUAAACAGCCUUCUAGGAAGAGGUAGAAGAUCCUGAAUGUUAGGAUCUUUUUUUCAGCAUAGCAGCAAAGAACUCUAAAGCUCCAUAGGUGCUUUGGCUACAUGUAUUUGGAGAAUCAUGGUAAUGCCUCCCUUCCUUGAGAACUACAGUAACUGACAGUUGGAGACUGGGGUGUACAGAGCUUAUCUGCUAACUGUAGGGAAAUGCUAUCUUUCUCACGGCCUCAUAGGGGAGGUACUGCAAUACAUCUUUCAGUAGUCACCACCAGUGGGGUAAAUCCUCCUUAGCCAGAAAGGCAGUCUGCUUAGUACAGUGUUCAGGCAAAAAGUAGGUGGUGUAUGUCUUCUGAUUGAUUGCUGCUUUUAGAUCUGCAAGUAAUGGUAGGAAAGACACCUCAUGUAAAUUCUAGCUAUUUCAUGGGUGGGAAGAAACAUGCAAUACUCCUCACUGCCUACCUGACCAAAGUGAGGAGAUUGCAUUUAUUCUUGAAGAGCAAGAAGCAUAAUUAUUUCGAGCAUGAGAAUUUCAAGUAGGCAGGAAAAUCAGUAGCCUUUUUUGGAAUUCACUAUGAUCCCACAGCAUUAUUCACAUGAGAACCAGAACAAAAGAAAACAUUUACCUAUUUACAGAGCCAUUCUGAGAGAGGUCCUUUUCAGUAGGUCUAAAAAACUCUGCCAUAUUGUCCAGUAGUCGACUGAAUCCUCUAUUUAAACAUGUGCUCAAAACUGUACUGAAGUCUGGACUGGGAGGGCGAAAAAAAAGUUUCAUUCCUGGGAUUUACUUUUCCAAACUAAAAAACCCUGCAAGUAUUCAGUGUUACAGACGUCCCUCCCACAAGGGAAGAUGUAUGACCCAAAUAAAACGCCAUUAGUAUAGCCACCUCAAGAAAGACCAGCUCCCCAAUAACUCCACAGCAAACCAAUCAACAACCUAAACUCUACCCUAAGAUUACUAAAACCCAGAUAAAUCUAAAGCAUUCCUCACUUCUCUUUCUUACUAAUAACACAGAAGGGACUUACCUCAUCCUUAAAAUGCCCCAGAUCUCUAGCAGCUAAAUUGCAAGAAUAGUUUGGCAUUUGGCUCAAUUCCCUCAUAUUCAAUGUUUAUUAUAGAUGCCUCACUGUGGUAGCUCUCUGGUGAAAGGAUGCAUACAACCACUCUCAAAACCAUGCAUUAAAAAUACAUUCUGAUGAGCCAAAACUGGUGUUCGUUUUAUCAAAGGAAGUAAAUCCAAUAAAAUUACUCUCAAUUUACCCUGCUUUAGCAGAAGAGAAGUACUCCUCUGUUCCUGCAUAACUACAGAAAAGGUGAGGAAGAGAUGAAAGAGGUGUGACUGGGAAGGACAUCCUGGUCAUCUCAUUAAGGCAGGAUUGUUUCUUAUAAGUAAGUUUCAGAGCGCUCAAAUUUUGGAAAUCCCAGCUUACAAUUAGUGAAUAUAAAAGUUUAAUGCAACAGAGUGGCCACAUUUUGCAAAUGAAAGUUGACAGCUUUUUAUAUUAAAGAAAUGGUCUUACAUAAACAAUAGUUGUGAGGAGGGGUUUAACAGGAAUACAGAAUAUUUCUCUAUACCUUUCUAGCAUAUCUCUAGUUUCAUUAAGUAAUUUAAUUGUAGCAAUGUCUCUUUCUGUGAGUCCACAGGCCUAGAAAAAGCAAAGACAGACACUAUUUAGUAAGAAAGCUAUUGGCAACCAUAACAACAGAAAUGGAAGAGUUUUGUACCAUGGAAUUAAGUCAAGGUGUGUAAGGCAAAUCUAUUUAAAAGAAAACAUUUACUGUCGUAAAUCAGAUUCUUUAUAAUUUGUGUUCUAAUUUCCCUUUUAAAUGGUCACUAUAGGAUUUUUUUUUUUUUUUACUAAAAACAGUAUUAGCAGGAAAUACCAGCCUAAUUGAACAAAGUAUUUUUUCCACUUCUGACCCCCAAAACUGAAAUAAACCCUGCAUAUCAGCUUAAGUUAAAGGGAUAAGUGCAUGCAGUCACACAGUGAAAGCCUAAGUUUCUUCUUUAUACUACUGUGAUACCAAGUUAAGCAUGAGUUUUCUCCAGCCUGUGGUGUGGAUGGAGACAAACACCUUUAGAAAAUUUAGGAAAUUAAUGUUACAACUGAGAUUAGAUACACCUUUCCCGUGACUCCUGUUCAUUUUCCAGCCCAAAGUGACAAAGGACUCCCGCACACCAUCACCUUCUUGUGCAUCAGCCAAGAUGCUACAGCUGUCCAUGAUCUUUGCUGGUAUACAAGUGCAAGGUAAUACAAUUUAGCUUAGGGCUGAGUUAAGCUGCAUUGUGUUACAGCAUACGUCACAGGCUAAAAGCAGUAACUGGGCUGUGUUCCUGAGCUCAGAGCUGACGUUCUGAGGAUGGCACUUGUUUUCAAUCAAAUCUGAAGAAAGUACAACUUUACUUUGCCUUGAUUAAAGGGAUAAGGACACUUGAUGUGUGACAGAAGAGGCCUUGCCAUUUAUUAAAAGAUACAGAUGCCAUGGUAUAGCUAGAGGACUGUUACAUACCAUUCCCUCCCCAAAAGAAAAAAACACAGAAUGAAAAAAAGAUAGAUGAAAGAAACUGAAACAAGUACCUGGGUAGCCAAGGGAUUUUCUUCAUCUGGCAUCAGAUAAUGACAUAAGGGAGAGUGAGAUGCAGUCUGAUCUGAAUCUUUAUGUUCCACUACUUCCCUGAUAUCUUUAACUUUCUGUUCCAGCUCCAGAAGAGAUAGGGUGUGCUUAAGGGAAAUACUGGAAAGGAAAAAAGACUACAGUGUUGGUUGCAAAAUGAACAAUGAUACUUUGUUCUCCUACCGGUAACAUGUUCACAAGUAACAGGAUCCCAGUCUGCUAUAUGAGUUCGCACUGGCAGAUAUAGCCUGCUAUAAUAAAAACAUUGUUUUGGAAAAAGUCA